AUGACGCGAAUUCCUCUGUCCAUCGAUGACCAAAUUUCACCCUAUAUCGGGCCAGCCAACGGUGGUACUGGGAGUGAUCCCGUGGCGUGGAUUGCAAUCAUCUUUGCCGCCUUUUUCGUAAUAGUGACAGCAUGGCACUGCAUUCUGCUGGUCAGACGGCAGGCCUACUUUACCUGGCUCAUGGUUGCCUCCUCAUUAGCACAAUGCUUGUCCCUCGUUGAAUUCGCAUACUCGACUAUUUACCCUCUCUCAACGCCAUUCCUCGUUAUUGGCACCCUCACCCAUUGGUUGUCACCCACUCUUCUCACCAUCUCGGUCAUCCUAGUUUUCGGUCGUGCGUCCUGGGCCGGUGCCCUCUCUAACCCCUCCCAUGUCCAACCUCUCUGGGGCUUCCUCCGCUGGAACACCGUCAUAAUCACUACUACCUCACUCUUCAACUUCUCCCUGCUCUGCAUCGGCUGCAUCAUCGUCGUAGCGUCUGCGCCAGACGCCAAGAUCGACGGCUCAAACAACCCCGCCAUUACUGCCGGCUAUGGGCUGCUCAAGACCGCAUUGGUGCUGCAGUUGCUGCUCCUAACGGCAUUCGCCCUCUUCGUUUGGCGCUUCCGGAACUAUACUCUGCAGUGGGACGUCGAGUGGAACCAGAGGCGAAAGUUCAACUGGACAUGGAAGAAACUUCUGGUCAUAGUGCUCGUGAGCCUUGGCCUACUAUUGAUUAGCCAGCUCUUCCACCUCAUCAUCUUCUUCAUGGACUGGACGGACAUGCCGUGGCUGGGCUUACUCUUCGACUCUGGCCCAGUCUUCAUCGUCACCCUGCUUUUCCUCGUCUACCAUCCGGGCAGGUGCCUACCGAAGACCUUGACCAAGCUGCGCCUCGACAAGGAGAGGUUAAGGCUGGCUACGAUAGUUGAGAAAGAGCUGCAGUCGAAGAACAGAUCGGAUCAAUCACUCGCUUCAGGGUCCACUUGA